GAAUACCAAAGGCAAACAAAGAAAUUACCAACCCAGAUUAAAAUGUCAACAAAUAUUAUACUUUCAAAAUGUGAUAUAAUUGUAAUGUAAGUCUGCAUGCAAAAACUGAUAACACUCAGGUAAGCACUCAGCUAGCUUGUUGGCUGCUACAUCAGAACAGAAGCGGAAUCGAGGAGUGCAUCUUUCAAAUAUCUCCGAUGUGAAACAGGCAUGCAGGGACUUGUGUAAUUUUAGGACACUGGUUGCUCUCGAGUCAACAAGAACAGUCACAUCAGGAUUCAGCAGUCACAAGAAAGAAAGACACAAUGCUGUCUGUUCUCGUUGCUAAAAGACUGGUAAGUAGGGUAUGCCAGGAGUCAUUGAGACCAGCUGUGGUAGAACUAGUGACUACACGGGGUUACAAAGGAGAGGCACCUGAUGACUCUAGGGGUGACCUAAUUGAGAUCCCCCUACCCCCCUGGACAGAGAAGGAUGGUGAGACCAUGGACAUCAAGAGACGGCGCCUGCUCUUCCAAAGCCGAAAGAGGGGCAUGCUGGAGAAUUGCAUAUUGCUCAGCCUGUUUGCCAAACAAUAUCUUAAUACAAUGAGCGAGCACCAGUUAAGACAGUAUGACAGACUGAUCAACGAGCCUAGCAACGACUGGGACAUCUACUACUGGGCAACAGAGGCCCAGCCUGUACCUGAUGUGUACACAGGUGAAAUCAUGGACCUACUGAAGGAGUUCACUAAGAACAAAGAUCAGGAACAAAGGCUGGACGCACCCAACCUGGAAUACCUGGACAAGGGGAGCCAGUGAAGCGUGGCUGACACAUCCCUCUCAGGGUGUUUUCACAUAUAGUCUUCUUUAAAAUAACUGAUCUCAGUCCUAGUUAAAGUGAACUCCAAGGGUAAAAAAAGAAAUAAGCAAAAUAUCUGUUC